AUCCUAGCCGAAGCAUAUCCGCCUUGCACCGUUGCGGUGGUCAACCUUGAGAAGAUGCACAUACGUGACCUGCUCGUCGAUGUGCCCCAAAACGACAAGUACCUUAUCCUGCGCACUUUUGCCCACGCCCUAGAGGUCUCCGACAUGCAAGUCGCCAUUCCUGUCGAGGAUGAGAAGGGUGAUGUUGAGCAACUCAGCAUCUACCACUACGACUAUACUCGCUGGCAUGACAAAAAAGUGUGUGCCGGAAUGGUCCUAGCCGUCAAGAACCCGUACUUAAGAUCUGUCAUCUCCAAUGGCGGCAUCAGUCUUUGUACUUUCCAUCCUUCGGACGUUGUCGUGCUUGACCAAGAUCACGAGUUGUUUCCGACCAAGUGGAAGACUGCACAGCAUAGGCUUGCCAGAGACGCAGCUCAAUGGAAAGAACACGGCAAUGCAGCUUUGAAGGAAAAGAACUUUCAGAAGGCAAACUACUCAUACAGCAAAGGUCUCUCUGCAUCUGGUUUGAAUGACAUUCUCAGGAGCGACUUGCACAGAAACAAAGCUUGCGCCGAAGUGUUCCUAGGCUUGUACGAUGCGGCCAAGACUGAUGCUCUGGCGUCCAUUCUCAAUCAACCCGACGAAAGAUCGAGAGAGCUGGAUUCCAAAGCGUUCUAUCGUGCCGGCAGUGCCCUAUACGAGCUCGCAGAUUAUCCGGCAGCUAAGAUCAUGUUCGAUCGAUGCUUGCGAUUGACACCUCAAGAUGUAGAUGGGCUGAGAGAGCUCAAGCGCACUGUCUCUCGCAUCAGUGAAGAGCAGAAUGGAUACUUCGACUUCUUGGCCAUGUCGGAGAACAUCACAUACACCAAAAACUUCCGAGCCAAGCAGGCCAGUUAUGUUCGCCGCACCGAAGUCAGACAAACAAAAGACCGUGGCAAAGGUCUGUUCGCCACGCAACCCAUCGCUUGCGGUGAGAUUGUACUCUGCGAAAAGGCCUUUGUUGCCGCAGACCCGCCUUGGCUCGAGCCGCAGAAGCAGCAUAACUUCAUUCUCAGUCCUUCUUCCAAGCACGUCUUUUGGGGUUACCACGCCGAGACCUGGUUCGCCGCCGUGAAGAAAGUCUUCAACAACCCCUCACUGGCCAGCCACCUACUCGACCUCUGCGCUCAUUCCGAUUAUAUCAGCCGACUUGAACGCCAACAAGACACGCCUGUGCCUAUCGUCGACGGCUUGCCCAUCAUCGACGUCUUCGUCAUCCUCGACCUUCUCGAAAACAACGGUCUCGGGUUCAUGGCCCGUCCAGACCAGUCUCAAGCCUAUCCGAACAUCCCACGCCCGCAACUCGAUAGCCACUACGACUGCCUCGGUAUUUGGUCAGUCGCUUCUCGCGCCAACCACUCUUGUCUUCCGAAUGUUCAGUACAGCUUCCUCGAUGACUAUAUGCUCAUUCGCGCCAACAAGGACAUCACUAAUGGCGAGGAGAUCACCAUAUCCUACGCUCCAGCCUUCGGCAAGUUCGAGCAGCAGAAGAUGGCUCUGAGAGGCUGGAAUUUCAAGUGCCAGUGUAGAUUAUGCUGCGCUGAGACCGCGUAG